UGGGCCGAUCAUGCUAUAUAGACUAGCGCAACCGAUCUGAGACGACUGUGCCUGGGAGGGAGGCCAAAUCUUGCGAUCUGCCAGUGCCGCCGUGAAAUGGGUGGUUGCGAGCGUUAAAUAUCUGACUUUCUUAAUUUCCUUUCGCAAUGGCUUCUCAACGCCUCACAAUCGUCAUCAAACUAGGGACGAGCUCCAUAGUAGAUGAAAAUACACAUGAGCCGAUCUUGUCAAAUCUUACCUUGAUCGUCGAGACCGCUGCCAAACUCCAUCGCGACGGCCACAAUGUCGUGCUCGUGUCAUCCGGUGCUGUUGGCGUGGGUUUGCGAAGGAUGGAUGUUGAGCAGAGGCCGAAUCACCUCCCCCGUAUACAGGCGUUGGCUGCGGUCGGACAGUGCAGAUUAAUGAGUCUGUGGGAUGGUUUAUUCUCGCAUCUCCGCCUUCCAGUAGCACAAAUACUGCUGACUAGAAACGACAUCGCGGAUAGGACGCAAUACAUCAAUGCCCAGAAUACCUUCGCACAAUUAUUUGACAUGGGCGUGAUCCCGAUAGUCAAUGAGAAUGACACUCUCGCUGUCUCGGAAAUCAAAUUCGGCGACAACGACACACUGUCGGCAAUAACAGCAGCCAUGGUGAAAGCUGACUACCUUUUCUUAAUGACGGAUGUCGACUGCCUAUAUACUACUAACCCACGUAACAAUCCUGAUGCACGGCCUAUCGAGGUCGUCACGGAUAUUUCAUCUUUGGAAGCUGAUGUCUCGUCUGCCGGCUCCUCCUUAGGAACGGGUGGAAUGAGUACCAAAAUCGUGGCUGCGAAGUUGGGAAUUAGUGCGGGUGUGACCACAAUCAUCACCAAAAGCUCCAAACCGGGCAAUGUCCAUGAAAUUGUCAAAUACCUUCAGCAAACCCAACAAGGAGCUUCAGUUGGCCCGGAGACCGGAGAUUAUGACCACGUGUCACACUUGCAAACUAUGCCUCCGCUACAUACACGGUUCAUUCCGUCGGAAACUCCAAUCCAGUCCCGAUCGUUCUGGCUACUCCAUGGUCUGAAACCCCGAGGUACUAUUUAUAUUGAUCACGGUGCGUACAGUGCUCUUCAGAAAAAGGCCGGCCUGCUUCCAGCAGGUAUUGUGGGUGUGGAAGGCCAUUUUGGCCAACAGGAAGCGGUACGACUGGUUGUCAUUGAGAAAGUUUCACCGGAAUCUUUGAAUGGGGACUUUCUUCACCACGGCCAGGAGCCGAAGGAGGUCGGACGUGCCCUAGUCAAUUACGGCAGCAGUGAGAUUAUUCGCAUCAAGGGCCACAGGAGCACGCAAAUCCAAUCAUUGCUUGGUUAUGCCGACAGUGAAUAUGUUGCUCUCCGUGAGAAUAUCUCUUUCAUACAGAAUGACGAAAGCCCACGGCAUUAAACGAACCCCAAGCGCGUACAGGGUAUUGUGGCUCCUCGAGGGAAACAGCCGAAAGGCACCCGGCGGGAAAACUCCAACAGCAAAAUUCCACCACCGGAAUAUUGGUCCUUUCAAGCCAUCCACUGCCCGGUUGACAGCUAACUUCCCUCCCUUAUGCUAUUCAGCCAUUUCGUCACUAAUGGACGAAAGAGGAUGCGGAGGGUUGAAGGAAAUCCGACAAUAGCCUUAGGAAUAAAAAGAAGAAUAGAAUUGAACACAAUAUGAUAGAG